AAAAAAUUUAUCUCUUACAUCACACAAAGGCUGUAAGAUCUUCCUCGAUGUAACUGGAUUUCAAUUAAAUGAGAUCUUACUAAUGAGCUAAGAAUCUUUUAGAUUGUUGUUUUGCGCUUUUGAUAUUAGGGUUCAUGAAUGGGAAGGCAUCUCAAACGAUAUUUUAACAGACCAUAAUAUGUGUCUCAAAGAAGCCAUAGCUGGAGAGAUGCCAGCCACUAAGCAUGUUCUCUGCAUAUGGAUGGUUGUUGGAAAGUUUCCAUCCUGGUUUAAUGCCGGUCUUGGGGAGCGGUACACCGACUGGAAAGCUGAAUUCCACCGCCUCUACCAUUUGGAAUCCGUGGAGGAGUUGGAGUUGGGUUGGAGAGAUAUGGUGAACCCUUUUGGACUGCACACAAGCAGACACAUAAACAAUUUGUAUGCCUCACGUUCCUUGUGGUCUUUACCAUACCUGAGAAGCCAUUUUCUAGAUGGAAUGACUUUGACUGGCCGAUCGAAAGCCAUUAACGCCUUUAUUCACAGGUUGUUGAGCGCACAAAUCCUGCUAGCUCACUUUGUAGAACAAGUAUGUUCUCUUCUCCACUCUGACAGUGUUAAUUCAUUGCUAGUCUAGUAAGAAGAGGGCCAUGGAUAGUGAAGUGAGCUAUUUCAAGCUCUUAGGCCAUCUAUGCAUUAAUUGUUCAAGUAUUUAGUUUAUAGGGUUUAUGCAUUUUAAUCUCAUGAAAUGGUACCGUACGUGUAAAGGUGCUAAGUAGGUAAUCAAAUAAAUACAGUUUUUGAUU